AUGAGGGAGAGCAUUGGUGGCUGUACGGUGAAAGCUCUUUCCACCAACCUCAGCUUCACAGAAGCAUGGAUCAGGACUCCUUCCGCUCUCUCCUCAGUUCAGGGGCAUCGUCCUCUUCCCGAACUCCAAUUGGAAGAUCCUGUUCAAAGCCAACCGUGUCCAAAGCAUGCUUCUCAGCCUGCCUUCAAACCGAGGAAGGUGAAGCCGAAUGCGGAAAGCAAGUAUCGAGAUCGUGCGACAGAGAGACGGCUUGGACAGGCCCAUGACUUUGCUCAUGUCGAAGCUGUAUUGAGCGAGUUCGAGAAGCAGGCAAAGGAAGGAAACUCUGCCGACAUUGAAGAAAAGAGAAAGUACCUCGGAGGAGACAGCGAACACUCUGUUCUCGUCAAAGGUCUCGAUUUUGCCCUACUGGAACAAAACAAGGCUAGGGCAGCGCUAGCCACCGACGCCGUCGACGAUGACAGCUUGGAGCAAGCUUUCAGUGAGGCUUCAAAGCCCAAGAAACGUACGCGAGAAGACCUCCUUCGCGAACUCAAGGAGAAACGAACUGGAGGUGCCGGUGGAGAGGUCACAAGGGAGAAGUCUGCGGAGGAAGAGGCUCGGUUACUUGAAGAGGCGAAGCAGAAGGGCAAGUUCAAACCUAUCGGGUUCAAGCCAAUUGGAGGGUCCACUGAGGGAAAGAAGAAGAAGAAGGUUAAGGGGGAGGGCAAGGACGGAGAACGGAAGAAGAAGAAGCGGAAGAUCGAAAGUGAAGCUGGACCACAGGCGAAAGAGGAAGCAAAGGAAGGUGAAGUUGCACAGCCGACGACUUCUUCUUCCGCUACUCCUGCUCCUCCACCAGAGCCGGAGCCAGAGCCUAUAGACGACGACUUCGACAUCUUUGCUGAUGCAGGGGAGUACAAGGGGCUGGAACUAGAUGACAAUGAUGACAAUGAUGAUGACGAGUCGCCGAAACGGGAGGAGGGUGAAGAGCAGGAAACGGCGCCAGGCAAAUGGGUAUCUGUGGAUGACGACUUGCCUAUAUUCACCAGGAAGACCUCCGAACCUCCACCGCGUACCGAAUCUCCGAAAAGACGUACCGAGUCUCCUGCACGAGAGACCGGUCCUCCCAAACCUGUGCUACCAGAGGAUGACCUUGAGGAUGGAGAAAUGGAUGUCGACGAACGACCUGCGCGCCUGGUGCCUCUGGCUAGUUCCACCAUCGACGUGAAGGAACUUUUGGAAAUGGACCGGGCUUCGACAUCAUGGAAUAAGAACAGGAAAAAGAAGGACAAGAAGAAGAAAGCCGCCGGCGGUGACGAUGAAGAGGCACCAGGCAAAGUUUCAGACGCCAAAGUCGAACGCGACUACCAACGGUGA